AUGCCGAUUAACCAACCUAGCAAUCAAAUCAAACUCACCAAUGUUUCUAUAGUUCGUUUGAAAAAAGGUGGUAAACGUUUUGAGAUUGCAUGUUACAAAAAUAAAGUCAUGGAAUGGAGAAACGGAGUGGAGACGGAUUUAGACGAAGUUCUUCAAAUCAAAAAUGUGUUCUCGAAUGUAUCUAAAGGGCAAGUUGCAGCUCAGAGUGAUCUUCAAAAGGCAUUCAAGGAUGAGGAUUG